GCCCAGCAACCUCGCCGUGUCAGACAGCGACCACUCGGUCUCCGGCCUCCGGCCUCUUUCCUGACAUCACCACUGCCGAGCCAUCCUCUUCCCCCAAAAUUCCCAACCCCACCGAUUCCUCCCCCACCCAGAUCUCCUCCGAUCGCCCGUCCCCGAUGCCCCCUACCCCCUCUUAGCCCCGUCGCCGCCGCCGCUGCGAGGCGGCCGCUGCCCCUCUUUGCUCCCUUUGUAUGGAAACGCGCAGCCGCAAGCGGGCGGAGGCGUCCUCUUCUUCCACGACCUCGUCCCGCUCGUCCAAGCGCUCCCGCCCCAACCCUAACCCUAACCCUAAUCCCCCCGCCGCCUCCUCCAACCCAGCGCCUGCACCUCCACGGACGCGCCGCUCCGCCGCUGUCAGCCCCCUCUCCGCGUCUGCCCCGUGCCCUCCGAUGGACUCCUCGGGCGACAACAACCCCAACCCUAACCCGCCGCCGCGACGCCGCGGCCGCCCCUCCAAUGCGGACAAAGGCAAGGAACAACAGCAGCAGGAACCCUCCGAGAGGUCCAGGGUGCGUGAGGCCGAGCGGCUGCUGGGCCUAGGUUUCGACGGCAUGGAGGAUGACGACGACGCGGGGUUUGGGGCUGGGGCCAUCCCUCACAGCCUUACCUCUGCGAGCACCGCGCUGCAGGGGCUGCUUAGGAAGCUCGGCGCCGGGCUGGACGAUAUCCUGCCAUCGUCGGCACUGUCAGCCGCUGCCGCCGCGGCUGCGUCGUCAUCAUCAGCGUCUGGGCAGCUGAGUGGGAGGCUGAAGAAGAUACUUGCGGGGCUGCGUGCGGAUGAGGAGGACGGACGACAGGUGGAGGCGCUGACGCAACUCUGCGAGAUGCUGUCCAUUGGCACGGAAGAGUCACUUGGGGCAUUCUCGGUGGACUCGUUUGUGCCCGUCCUGGUCGGGUUGCUCAACCACGAGAGCAAUCCUGACAUCAUGCUGCUCGCAGCACGGGCCCUAACUCACCUAUGUGAUGUGCUGCCGUCUUCCUGCUCUGCUGUUGUGCAUUAUGGUGCCGUGCCAUGCUUUUGCGCCCGGCUUCUCACCAUUGAAUACAUGGACUUGGCGGAGCAGUCUUUGCAAGCUCUUAAGAAGAUAUCCCAGGAGCAUCCAACUGCCUGCUUGCGGGCUGGUGCACUAAUGGCAGUCCUAUCAUAUCUUGACUUUUUCUCCACAGGUGUUCAGAGAGUUGCGUUAUCUACAGCUGCUAAUAUGUGUAGAAAACUUCCGUCUGAUGCAUCAGAUUUUGUAAUGGAAGCGGUUCCACUGCUUACGAAUCUCCUGAACUACCAUGAUUCAAAAGUACUCGAGCAUGCUUCUGUUUGCCUGACCCGCAUUGCGGAAGCUUUUGCUUCAUCUCCGGAAAAAUUGGAUGAGUUGUGCAAUCAUGGAUUGGUUGCACAAGCUGCUAGCUUAGUAUCUGUUAGCAAUUCAGCAGGGCAGGCAUCCUUGAGUACAUCGACAUAUACGGGUGUGAUUCGUCUUCUCUCAACAUGCGCAAGUGGAUCACCAUUGGCAGCUAAAACACUUCUUCUUCUUGGAAUAAGUGGAACACUUAAAGAUAUCCUUUCAGGUUCUGGGUUGGUUGCUGGCACAACUGUAUCUCCUGCUUUAACAAGACCAGCUGAUCAGAUGUAUGCGAUUGUGAACCUUGCAGAUGAGUUGCUUCCUCCUCUACCUGUUGGAAUCAUUUCUUUACCAGCGUAUUCCCAUGCUUCCACAAAAGGCUCUUCUCUAAAGAAAUCCGCUUGUAGUAAGCAGGGUGAACCUAGUUCAACAGAAAAUGAACUGUCAGGUCGGGAGAAAUUAUUGCAUGAUCAGCCUGAACUUCUGCAGCAAUUUGGUAUGGACUUAUUACCUACCAUGACACAGGUGUAUGGUUCUAGUGUAAAUGGACCUAUACGCCAUAAAUGCCUAUCUAUCAUUGGGAAAUUAAUGUACUAUAGUUCAGCUGAAAUGAUCCAAUCUCUCGUUGGUGCAACAAACAUUUCCAGCUUUUUAGCUGGCAUUUUAGCAUGGAAGGAUCCACAAGUGCUUAUCCCUGCUCUUCAGAUAGCAGAAAUUCUAAUGGAAAAACUUCCUGAGAUAUUUUUAAAGAUGUUUGUGAGGGAAGGCGUUGUUCAUGCUGUAGAGUCACUCAUAUGCCCAGAGUUCUCAAGUCCAGUGAUACCUCAAAUAUCACAGCUGGACAAUCAUGUUGAUCCUGUUACAUCUUCACGUUCUAGGCGCAACCGACGUCGAAGCAAUGCUGUGAAUACUGAAAACAACUCGCCAGAUGAACCAAAGGGUUCCCAUCCUGUGAUUGCCAAUUCAGCACCAUGUGCGGCUGAAAUUCCGAAUAAUAGUUUUCGUGCUUCAGUUAGUGGUCGUGCGAAGUUGUUCAAAGAUAAGUAUUUCCCAUCGGACCCUGGAUCAUGUGAUAUCGCUUGUACUGAUGACCUUCUUAAGCUGAGGACACUUUGUGCAAAAUUAAAUAUGAUCGCUGACACUGUCAAAACAAAAGCUAAAGGAAAAUCAAAAGCUUUGGUGGGUAAUAAUUUUGAUGUCUUAUGUAAUGUUGAGGAACAGUUGGAUGGUAUAAUAGCUGAAAUGUUGUCUGAGCUUAGCAAGGGGGAUGGUGUUUCGACAUUUGAGUUCAUUGGAAGUGGAGUUAUCACAACCUUGCUUAACUAUCUGUCCUGUGGAACAUUUGGGAAGGAAAAGGUGUCUGAAGCAAACCUACCAAAGUUGCGUCAUCACGCAGUCAGGCGAUAUAAGGCAUUCGUAUCUGUUGCUAUUCCAAAUGAUGAGGAUGGGAAUAAAACUCCUAUGGCAUUGCUAGUGCAGAAACUGCAAAGUGCUCUCUCUUCAUUGGAACGCUUCCCUGUUGUGCUUAGCCAUUCUGGAAGGGCAUCAACUUUGGGAGGAUCCCGUCUGGUGUCAGGUUUAGGAGCACUGUCCCAACCUUUCAAGUUGCGCCUUUGUCGAGCACAGGGUGAAAAGUCACUUAGGGAUUAUUCAUCCAAUAUUGUUCUUAUUGACCCAUUGGCAAGUCUGGCAGCUGUUGAAGAAUUCCUUUGGCCUAGAGUCCAGCGCACUGAGUCAGUCUCGAAGCCUAUAGCGUUAUCUGCAAAUAAUUCUGAAUCUGGAGCAGCUAGUUCCACAGCUGGUGCGCCGUCAGUGCCUUCGUCAACUCAAUCUGGCCGUCGAACUUCAUUAAGGUCGAAGUCAUCAGCUGCCACUAGUGGUGCAAUUAACAAGGAUUGUCAGGAGGGGAGCAUAAAUGCAUCUAAGGGAAAAGGUAAAGCUGUUCUUAAAUCGACUUUGGAUGAACCAAAAGGGCCGCAUACUAGGAAUGCGACACGGAGAAAAGCUGCUUCAGAGAAAGAUGUUGAACUGAAGCCAUCACAUGGUCACAGCACCUCGGAGGAUGAAGAUCUUGACUCUUCUCCAGUUGAGAUUGAUGAUGCUUUAAUGAUUGAUGACGAUGAUGAUGUUUCAGAGGAUGAAGAUGAUCAUGAGGUUCUCCGGGGGUCACUUCCUGCAUGUGUUCCCGAAAGAGUGCAUGAUGUAAAAUUGGGAGAUGCUAAUGAUUCUAGUGUUGCCUCAUUGGCAAAUGAUGACCAGGUACAGCCCUCAUCUUGUUCCAGUACAAAGAAUACUUCUAGCAGGGGCCUGGAUGCUGCUGAAUUUAGAAGUCCAAGCACAUUUGGUUCGCGUGGUGCAAUGUCAUUUGCUGCAGCUGCCAUGACUGGGUUAACUUCAGUAGGUAGUCGUGGUAUUAGAGGUAGUCGAGAUAGGAGCGGCCUUCCAUUUGGAACUCGUGCAAAUGAGCAUUACAACAAAUUGAUAUUUACAGCCAGUGGGAAGCAGCUUAACAAACAUAUGACUGUAUAUCAAGCUGUACAACGGCAAGUAGUUCAUGAUGAGGAUGAUGAGGACAGGCUAGGUGAAUCUGAUUUGCCCAAUGAUGGAAGCCGCUUCUGGGCUGAUGUAUUCACUAUAACAUAUCAGAAGGCUGAUAACACAGUGGAGAAGGGAUCUGUUGGAGGCUCAGCCCCAGUGCCAAAAUCUUUCAAAUCAGAUUCUUGCACAAUAUCGUCUGAAGCACAAUGUACUUCUCUUCUUGAUAGCAUUUUGCAAGGAGAGCUUCCUUGUAAUUUAGAGAAAUCAAACCAAACUUACAAUAUCUUAGCACUGUUACGUGUGUUGGAGGGCUUGAAUCAAUUAUCUCAUCGUUUGAGACUACAGACAACCUCUGAUGAUUUUGCUGAGGGAAAAGUUGCCACCCUAGAUGGGCUAUACAAUAUUGGAGCUAAGGUACCCUUGGAGGAGUUUGUCAACAGUAAGUUGACCCCAAAGCUUGCUCGGCAAAUUCAGGAUGUUCUUGCACUGUGUAGUGGCAGUUUACCAUCUUGGUGCUAUCAGCUGACAAAAGCUUGCCCUUUUCUGUUUCCUUUCGAAACACGGCGACAAUACUUUUAUUCCACAGCUUUUGGGUUAUCUCGUGCAUUGCAUCGUCUUCAGCAACAACCUGGUGAUAAUAACAACAAUGCUAGUGAAAGAGAAGUCCGGGUUGGUAGAUUGCAACGCCAGAAAGUUCGUGUUUCUCGUAGCCGUAUCUUGGAUUCUGCUGCUAAAGUUAUGGAAAUGUUUUCCAAUCAGAAGGCUGUUCUAGAAGUUGAAUACUUUGGUGAAGUUGGAACUGGACUUGGUCCAACUUUAGAGUUUUAUACACUCUUAAGUCGUGACCUGCAAAGGGCUGACUUAGGAUUAUGGAGAUCUUAUUCUCCCGAUGAUUCUGGAAUGCAAAUUGAUGGGAAUGGUGAUGAUUUAACAGCUAAAAAGCUUGAGUCAGAUUCACCUGUUGAGAGAAGGAACUUCGUACAGGCACCUCUCGGUUUGUUUCCGCAGCCAUGGCCACCUAGUGCUGCUGCAUCAGAAGGUAGCAAAUUCUUUAAAGUUGUCGAGUAUUUCCGCUUAGUUGGUCGAGUGAUGGCAAAAGCAUUGCAAGAUGGAAGGCUUCUCGAUUUGCCUUUGUCAACAGCAUUUUACAAACUUCUACUUGGACAAGAACUUGAUUUGUAUGAUAUACUAUCUUUUGAUGCCGAGUUUGGAAAGAUAUUGCAAGAACUGCAAAUUCUUGUUGAACGGAAGCGAUUUCUGGAUUCAUGUUCUAGUGAGAAUAAAAAAAUAGAAGAAUUAUGUUUCCGUUGUGCUCCUAUUGAAGACUUAUGUUUAGACUUUACUCUUCCGGGCUAUCCUGAUUACAGUCUCAAGAAAGGUGGAGAGAAUGCUGUGGUUAACAUUUACAGCUUGGAAGAAUAUAUUUCUUUGGUAGUAGAUGCUACUAUUAAGACUGGGAUAAUGCGGCAAGUAGAGGCAUUUAAAGCUGGAUUUAAUCAGGUAUUUGACAUAUCAUCUCUCCAAAUAUUUUCUCCUCAAGAACUUGACUAUCUCAUUUGUGGACGCCGCGAACUUUGGGAGCCGGAUACACUGGUUGAACAUAUAAAAUUCGAUCAUGGUUAUACCUCUAAGAGUCCUGCAAUAGUCAAUCUACUUGAGAUCAUGGCAGAAUUUACUCCUGAGCAGCAGCAUGCUUUCUGCCAGUUUGUGACUGGUGCUCCUAGGCUUCCACCUGGUGGUCUGGCUGCCCUAAAUCCUAAGCUGACUAUUGUUAGGAAGCACUCUUCUGCGGCAAAUACAUCUAAUGCAACUGGAGCAACAGAGUCUGCAGAUGAUGAUUUGCCUAGUGUUAUGACUUGUGCUAAUUAUCUUAAACUUCCACCGUACUCAACCAAGGCCAUUAUGCAAAAGAAACUGCUUUAUGCCAUCAACGAAGGCCAGGGGUCAUUUGAUCUUUCAUAGGCUCAACACUAACAUAGAUAUUGGUCCACCGAGAAAUUUGCCACAUUGUUGCGCAGAGUUAGUUUCUACCAGUCAUGUAUGACAUAGGUUGAAAUCAGCUCCCCAGCCGAAGGUUUGGAGCACAUAUCUUUAGGCUGUGGAUGUCUCCCCCCGGGCUAAUUUCACUGUAUAUUCUUGCUGAUCCUUAUAGUUAACAAUAAAUAAAUUCUUUUUGCUUGA